AUGCAAUCCUUGAGAUGGACAUCUGAACUCAAAGAUUUCCCCGCUUCUGGAUUUGAAUUGAUCGAGACAACAACCAAGAUCGAAGAGGAAACCUUACCGGGAUACACACCGGAGACAUUUUACCCAGUCCAACAAGGUGAAAUAAUGAACGAUCAAUAUCAAGUGAAUUCCAAAAUUGGCUACGGUGCUACCUCAACCGUUUGGUUGGCUCGCGACUUGAUCGAAUCCAAGUACGUCACCAUCAAGGUCUAUGCGAGGAAUAAGGGAAAAGAGCAUGAAAUCAACGUCUACAACCAUAUGCAAACCAUCGAGACGGACCACCCCGGCAAGCAGCACGUUCGCAAACUGCUCAAUCAUUUCGUCAUCCAAGGCCCCAACGGUCGUCACGUCUGCCUAGUUUAUGAGCCUCUAGGAAUGAGCUUGUACGAAUUAGAAUGCAUUAGCAAGAAUCUAGGGGUAGUCGAGCCCAUACCCAGACUUGAAGAUGCGAAGCCAGUCAUCCGAAGACUCUUGAGCGCUUUGGAUUACCUGCAUCAGGUGCCCGGACUCAUCCACGCUGACCUUCACAUGCGGAACCUGCUUAUGCCUGGGCCGUCCUCAGACAGAAUCUCUGAGUACGAGAAACGUGUUAUUGAUUACCCGUUAGCCAGGAAGGUCCUUGACGACCGUACUAUCUACUCUACGAGAAUGUUCCCUACAGGACGAGGGCUCCCUGUGCUGUGCGAUCUCGGCGAAGCACAAUUCGGCAACAAGGAGAACAAUGGAAGGAUCAUGAUAGACCAGCACCGUGCCCCCGAAGUAAUCCUGUGGUGUGAAAACUGGGACUACAAGGUUGACAUCUGGGGCGUUGCUAUGCUGGCUUGGGAUCUUGCUAGCACUCGCCGCUUGAUACAGGAUCACGAGAUCGAAGGCAUUUGGAAUGAUGGCGGCCACAUCGCGGAAUUGAAUGCUCUCCUUGGACCACCACCACUGGAGUUCGUCAAACAGUACCACAUGAGUUGGAUCUUCUGGGACGAAAGUGGCACUUGGACUAACCGAGUCCCGAUCCCGGACAGAACCCUCGAACAAGCCGCGGCCGAUGUUGAGGGCGAAGACGUGGAGGAUAUCUUGCGAUGGUUGCGUCGAGCGCUACAGUGGAAUCCGAGAGAUCGUGCCACGCCCAUGGAGUUGCUGUUCGACCCGUGGCUGAUGAAGGGGAUGAAGCUGAAAAGAGGCUGCCAGGCGCCGAAAGAAUAUCCGCAUCUCAUUGGGGUCGUUGAGGUCGUGGACUGA